UUGAUUAGUGGCAAAACGCUGCUACAGCACUACGAUUCAUUGAAAAUUUCGUCCACUGGAGCAGAUUCUCUAAGGAAAUUGUCUGCAAAAUGGCAUCCGUAAUGAAUACCUAUAAAUUGGUACAAAAAUUAAGUGCCACCAAUCCAGCUUUAUUGCGUCAAGCUGUCAGAAACAUGGCCGGCUGGAAUAAGGAUUAUAAACCAGCAAGUAUGCCUAAAACUGAGGAAGAGCAUUUAGCUGCUGCCAAGAAAUAUCAUUUACUGCCAGAAGAAUAUAAACCUUAUGCUGAUAAUGGUUUGGGUUACGGUGACUAUCCCAAAUUGGAAGGUGGUUUGGGUAUUGAAGCCCGUGAUCCCUACUAUCCAUAUGAUUUUCCAGAAUUGAAACGUAACUUGCAUGAAACUUUCCAUGCUGACGCUGAUUUAUACAGUGAAGAUCGUUGGUCACAACCUGCUCCUCCCCGUUAUGCCAACAGCACUUACUGGCUAAGCUUUUUGGGUUGCAUGGCCGGCUGUUUGGCUUUGUACUAUUGGUUGGACAACUAUAAAAUGUAUCGUCCCGUUGCUGUUAAACAAUAUCCCGGUGAUGGUCGUAAACAUUAUACAUUUGAAAUGAAUUAAAGAAAACAAUACUAAAUAGUUUGAAUAUAAAUAAAAUUUAUUUUAAUUAAAAAAACAUUAAUGUAUGGUUUAGAUAAAAUGCUAUUGUGGAAAAGAACACGAAAUUCUUUAAGAAGAAAUGUGUGAAAUUAAUAAAUUAAACAGAUAAAAAUACAA